UUAUACUUUCUUCCGCACUUCAAAAGCAAACAAAAUGGAGCGCAUACCCAGAUGGGAGGAAGAAGAUGAUGUUUUGAGGAGAUAUCUUGCACUGGAUAAUAUGGGCUGGGACUGGGAGGCCGCAUAUUAUAUAAAUCGGAAAAGUGAUUAUCUUCUUGAGGGAGAAAGAGCUGCAAUUACAGUUGAAUUAUGCGAAAUGAAGAAAGUGCAUCUUCAAGAUUUACCAAAUCUAAGAAGCUUUUCCUCAGGAUACACUCUUAAAUGGUCAUCAUUAUUAGAGAAUGUGGUUUUGAAGGACUGUCCCAAAGUCAAGAAGCUUGGUUUGGGAAUGAUAAAAGAAUCAGAGUUAAAAUCGAUUCUAAUAACAGAAAAUGAAGAGCAAAUUGACCCUCACACUAAGCUUCCAUAUCUUUUUGCAUUAAUGAUUCCAGAGCUCUUCAAGAAUCAUCUACAACAAAUUACUUAUUCCCAAGUUCAGAAGCUGAAGGAAGAAAACUUAAAAUCUCAUUAUUAAGAAAAUGAUAUUGAGUGAAUGUUGUUCUUCAUAAAGUAAUAAAAGACUGAUAAUGACUCAAGUGACGUCAAAAUUACAAAAAGAGAUUCAAUAUGACUAC